AUGGCCCAAUCCGUCGCUCCCGGUGACAUCACCACCCAGCCCGGCACGAAGAUUGUCUUCAACGCCCCCUACGAUGACAAGCACACCUACCACAUCAAGGUCAUCAACUCUGGCGGUCGUCGCAUCGGAUGGGCCUUCAAGACCACCAACAUGAAGCGCCUCGGUGUCGACCCGCCGUGCGGAGUUCUUGACCCCAAGGAGCAGGUCUUGGUUGCCGUCUCGUGCGACUCGUUCCAAUUCGGAGCCGAGGACACGAACAACGACCGCGUGACGAUCGAGUGGACGAACACCCCCGACGGUGCCGCCAAGCAGUUCCGCCGCGAAUGGUUCCAAGGUGACGGCAUGGUGCUACCCUCCGGCCAGCCCGUCCUCGGCUGUGCUGCACCACAAUGUUUCGGCGCUGAGGCGGGCGGCACGCGCGUUCUACACGAUGCCCAAUUUAAUCCCGGUCCCGAGGGCGAGGAUGGCUUCAUGCGGGAGGGCGAUUUGACGAGGGUCCGCUCGCGGUAUCGGGACGCUGAAGCGCAACAAGCCGAGUGCCCAACCGGAUAUGGCUCUUCUUCGUGCACCGGGUCGCUGUCGUGGGUUGGAGGCUUCCUGGCCAAAUCGAACGGAGACUUGUCACUUCAAUGCUGCCGUUAUGAGGGCCUGAAAUUUGCUGCUGAGGUCGGCCGACCGGUCGUCAGACCCGCCGAGGUUUAUUCUGGAGGCGAGGUGAUCCGAGAUGGUCGUCAAACGGGCUUCGACCUGAUCACCAACAUUAAGCGAAUCGAUGUGGAUGACGGAGGUAUUGCCUACGAGCUAACGGUUACCCGGAUGAACUGCAUCCCAGAUCCGCCAGAAUCCGAAAAUGACGUCAACAUCGCGCCCAGCGACAUCUCCCGAAUCCUCGAUAAGGUAUCCGAAGCCUCGGCCGCCGGCGCGCCAACCGAAGAAUUCUCCGCGAUGGAUGAGGGGCCGCAGUCGCCGGCCAGCUACCAAACGCCGAGCGCCUCCUACGCCCAGCCGCCCCCAGCCGACGCUGCCCCACCCCCGCAGCCACAGCAGUACGUAGAACGGGAUCAAUACGUUCAGGUCGGCGAGCAGGUUGUACCAGUUCAAUCGCCCGGAUACUACUAUCCGGUAUCCUCCGGUAUUCCGGCCUGUUUCACCGGUGAUACCCUGGUUGAAACCAGUUCCGGCUUCAAAAGAAUGGACGAGCUUCGAGUAGGCGAACAAGUGCUGACGGCUGAACAAAAUACGACAACCUUCACCCGCGUCGACUCCUGGCUGCAUCGCCUGCCCUCCACCACGGCCUAUUUUGUGCAGCUGAGAACCCAGGAUGAAAAGACGCUCAAGUUGACGCCCCAACACUUCAUCUACCGGGUGGACUGCUCGGGCCUGACGUUCGCCACGGAGAUGAUUUUCGCCGAGAUGCUGAAAACCGGGGACUGCGUAUAUGCGAUUGGGGCAGAUCGAGCGGUGCACCCGACUCGGAUCGUCCACCUUGAAGUCGUCGAGGAGAAGGGCGUCUACGCGCCGAUGACGCGCUCCGGUGACAUUUUCGUCAACGGUAUUUACGCGUCAUGCCAUAAUGUUGUAAAGGCCAACACCCUUUCCCACACAUUCCUACAUCUCGCUGAUAAUGUUCAUCAACGCAUCAGGCGGAUAUUCAUCGGCGACGACGAGACGGCAGCAACAGAAACAUCCGGUCAUCUACCCCCAUCCACCGAGUUCUUCCUCGGCAUGAUCGACUACAUCGUCCCCCACAAGUAC